AGUCCUUCCCAGAGGCCAGUUCUUUAGGAGCUGGGCAGCCAUUUGGGGCCUGUGGCCGUCCUUGGCCACAGUUCUCCCUCCUUGUGCCCUGGUCAUCUCUGCUCAGGUUGCUCUGAUUCUGGGGUCUUAUUUACUGGCUGAUUUCCUUGCAAAGGCCCAGGCGGAGUUCAAGGUCCAGCUGGGUGAAGGGCAUGCCUGGCUUCCUGAGAAUUAGAAAUGGUGACUGGUGACUUGAGGCACAUUGCUCUGCGGCUGGAUUUCAUGGUUACUAUUCCAUCCCAGGACUUGGCGCGGCUCCCUCUCCCCUUUCCUGUGGCUGGAAGGGCACGCUCCGUCCCUGGAGAGCAUCUGGUAGGGGCCUGUGGAGGGGCGUGGAGGACUUCCAGAGGCCGGAGGACAGGCGCCAGGCUUGAAUCCAAGGCUGGGGCAGCUGCCAUGUGCUCUCAGAGUGCUGGGGGAGGAGCAGGGGAGCCCGAGGGCAAGAAACCCACAGCACAGGGAAGGGCAGCCUUGAAACUGCAAGUUGGGAGAUCACGGUUUCCUGGCGUGACCACCAUGAGGGCUGAGGCUGUAGGCUGGCCGCUCCUGCCCCUCCUGACCACCCCUUCAGGUUUCCAGUCUCCUUGCUCAGCCACCCAGGCUGGGCUUUCAGGUUCGCAGGCAGCCAGCCCUACAGAGGCCAGGCUGGGCUUGCUUCAGGAGUGGCAUCUAAACUUAGGAGAGGGGAACACAUUUCACCCCAAUCUGCACUAGAGGCGUGUUGGUUAAAUAUCCCCGAGUAGGUGUGGGGCAUGGCAGGGGUGCAGGAGUGGGUGUCCGAGGAUGUAGCCAGCUCAUCUGCAAACAGCUCCUUUUCCUUUCCCCAGUGGGCUGCAUUCCCAGACUGGUAUUUUGGUUGGUGUGACAGAGGCCCAGAGUCAUCUGGCCCAGGUGCAAGCCCCUGGGCCAGUCCGUCUCAGUCCACCCCUGCCCACCCCCAGGCACUCCUAUAAAGGGCUGAGCAGUUCAGCUCUUCUCACUGGGGGGUGUAAGGAACAGGGGGGACCAUGGACUUCAUCAACAUUCAGCAGUUGGUAAGUGGAGAAAGAGUUGAAGGGAAGGCGUUGGCAUUUGGACAUGGACUUCCUGACCCUGGAGCCUGGCCUACUGACUGGAGGAGGGGCCCCCAAGAGGCUGUGGCCCGGGAGAAGCUGAAACUGGAAGAAGAGAAGAAGAAGAAACUUGAAAGAUUUAACAGUUCCAGAGUUAAUCUGGAUAACCUGGUUGACUUGGAAAACUUGGUUCAAAGACGGAAAAAGCGACUGAGACACAGAGUCCCCCCCAGGAAACCCGAGCCCCUGGUUAAGCCGCAGCCCCAGGCCCAGGUGGAGCCUGUGGACCUGGAGAUGUUCCUGAAGGCAGCUGCUGAGAACCAGGAGUCCCUGAUUGACAAGUACCUGACAGACGGAGGGGACCCCAGUGCCCAUGACAAGCUCCACCGCACCGCCUUGCACUGGGCCUGUCUGAAGGGUCACAGCCAGCUGGUGAACAAGCUGCUGGCGGCAGGUGCCACCGUGGACGCACGGGACUUGCUGGACAGGACACCUGUGUUCUGGGCCUGCCGCGGAGGACAUCUGGACAUCCUCAAACAGUUGCUUAACCAGGGAGCCCGGGUCAACGCCCGGGACAAGAUUGGGAGCACCCCCCUGCAUGUGGCAGUGCGCACCCGGCACCCCGACUGCCUGGAGCACCUCAUCGAGUGUGGCGCCCACCUGAACGCACAAGAUAAGGAGGGGGACACGGCUCUGCACGAGGCCGUGCGGCACGGCAGCUACAAAGCCAUGAAGCUGCUGCUGCUCUACGGGGCCGAGCUGGGCGUGCGGAACGCGGCCUCUGUGACCCCGGUGCAACUGGCUCGAGACUGGCAGCGCGGCAUCCGGGAGGCCCUGCAGGCUCACGUGGCGCAUCCCCGCACCCGAUGCUGACCGCAGCCUCCCGGCCUUGCGCACUGCCACCAUUCCCUCCAGUGCCCGGCCCCUGCGUCUGUGCCUCUGUGGUUCCUGCCCUCAGCCCAGGUUCCUGCAGAACUGAGGAGUGGCACCGGGCCCAGCAGGCAGAGAGAGGGGCCUCCCUGACUUCCACUGUCAGGGGAGCCGCGUUCCCUCCCAGGGCUGGAGCAGAGGACCACGGGGGAGCUUUCGGAAAGCGCGGGUCCAGACGAGGGCCAGGAAGGGGAGGAGAGUGAGGGCCAAGAAGGGAGCCCGAAGGGAGCAGUCCCAGGCUGGAGCCACCCAGGGCUGGGUCUGGGAAUCCUCAGUGUCCACUUGUCCCAGGUUAGGGGCUUGCCUUGCUCUCCCCAGGGCCAGUCUCUGCGGGUGGGGACUCAGCCUGGGGCCGGCAGAUGCCAUCCAGGAUGUACAAGCGGCAGCCAAGGCAGGCCGUGCAGGGGCCGGGCCUGUCUGCAGCUGGUGGAUGCCCAUGGGCAAGGCUUUCUCCGGGGAUCCCAUUCCUGUCAGUAGCAACCCUGGCAGUGUCUGGGGCAGCUCUAGACACCUUUGGUCGUAGGGACUCUGGAGGUGGGUUCCGGCCAUCUGAGGUCUCAACAGGUUUGAGGCCCCACAGCAACAGAAGUCCAGGACCCACUAGGUUGCCUCAGAAGUCCUAAGACUGAUGAGCUGGAGCACGUAUUUGAGAAGCCUUGCACCCACUGUGCACUGGCCCUGCUCAGGCCGGCCUGGCACACUGUCGCCUGCUGGCGGCUCUCAUGGGGAAGUGCCUGGGCACUGGGGAUUGCUUGUGGCCCACUCAACUCUUGGGGCGGUGGCCCGUAACCCGUUUGCCUGAGGCUCUUAUGUCCCUGGUACUGGAGUUUGAGCUCUUGCCUGGAACCCUGCAGCUGCACCCACCCUGCUUGAUCUUACCUGAGAGGCCAGGACACUGAGGGGCUCUGAACCCAGCCCACAGGGAAGCAGGGGAAGGUGAGGCCCUCCCCCCACCGGCCCUUCCCAUCCCUUCCCUGCUCUCUGGUGGUCUAAGGACCCAAGCUCCCUAGACUUCUUCCUUUUCCACUGUCUGUACGUUUCAAAUUACACGGGUGUAGACCUGUACUGCUGGCGGGGCUGGGCCCCUGAAUGCCAGAAAGUGAACCUUAACAAGCUCUGCCCUAAACUGAGAACCAUAUGCUGAGGGAAGGGCUGAAAGGUGAAGGCUCAGCCUCCCUCACAUGGGUCCCGGGUUACAUUAGGUACCAGGCUGACAGGCAUUUGGCCAUGCUUUUUUUUUAGUCUGCCUUUGGUGGCCUUCUCAGGCCCAGAACAAGGCUGUUGUUACUAAGUGGAAAAGCUGACCAGUGCUCCACACUCGGGGCACACACCUUUCCAUGAGCAGCUUCUGCCCUGUGGCAACAGAGCCAGCGUGCACCAGACGCUGGUGCCAUGGCGAAGCAGGCGUUCAAGACCAUGGAGAAGACAAAUCCUCAUCUAGAAAUGAGGACACCUCAGUGACAAACACACCUUUUUACACCGACCAGUAUCUUCUGUUCAUUAAAACGGGCUAUCCAUUACAGCCUAGCUGUCUUUCCUGGGCCGAGAGGAGCCCAUGCUUCAAUCACCAGGACCGUCUGCUAGGGCCCAGGUCUGUUAGCCAUGCCGGCCGGCAGCAAGACAGGCCGAGUGCAGAGUGGGUAGGAUGCGUGGUCCUAGCACUAGGCUCUUGUGCUUAAGGCAUCUCUGCUUGCUGACGACAAGGUCAGAGAGCAGUGGUUCUCCACCUCAGCUGCUUGUCAGAAUCACCAGGAAGGUUUAAAAAGUCCUGAUGUCCACACCCUAAGUCAGAAGCCCUAAGGGGAGGAUCCGGGUAUUCUCAUGCAGAGGCCAUGCUUGUCUAUGUGGAAAAUCCUACCAAUCUAUAGAAAGCAGACACCUAGGGAGUCCAGCAAAUCUCGGGUGCAAGAUAAACACACAAAAACCUGUUUCUACCUCCUGGAAAUGAACAUAUAGACACAAAAGUUAAAAAUAUGUACUGUUAACAAUUGCU